CACGCAUGCGCAUACUCAUGCGCAUUAAAUAAGUUCGAAUGAUAGUUGAUCUAUACAUAAAUGUCAAACUGAAGUAACUUUAUUUCGCACUUUGAAAGAUAAAGUAGAAUAAAAUCGAUGACAAUCAAAAAAUAACAAUGAAACGCAAACCAAAAGUGACAUCAAGUGAUGCAACAGCUCCUAAGAAGCAUCACUGGGCAACUGGCUUACUUGUUUCUAUGGAAGAUCCUCGAUAUAAAGUAAAAGAAGAUGAUAAAAUAAUUGUUAUUAAAGACAAAUAUCCAAAAGCUCAAAAUCAUUAUUUGGUUAUACCAAAAAUAGAUAUUCCAUCAUUAUGGCAUGUAAAAAAAGAAAAUGAAGAUUUAUUAUUACAUAUGCAUGCUACUGCUGAAGAUUUAACUAAACAACAUAAGGAAUUUGAAUUCCUUAUUGGAUAUCAUGCUGUACCAAGCAUGCACAGAUUACAUUUACACGUAAUAAGUACUGAUUUUAAUAGUCCUUGUCUAAAGACCAAAUACCAUUGGAAUUCAUUUACAACACCUUUCUUUCUACAUUCAAAAGAUAUUUGCAAUCAAUUGCGCGAGAAAGGUGAAUUAAAAAAGUUGAAAUCCGAGGAAAGCGCGCAAUAUUUGAACACGCCAUUAAAAUGUCACAAAUGUCCGGCCACUCCAAAAAAUAUGCCAGACUUAAAAAGACAUUUGUUAAUACAUUUAUCUGAUUAAAUUAAAAAAAAUCUUUCGAUUUUAACACAUUAAGGGGAUCGCUACCGUCAAUGUAGCACGCAGAAUAAUUUAAAUGAAAUAAAUUAUUCAUAUAACUAGAUGUGUUUUUCUGUAAUUCUUUAAGUUAUAUCUCGGUUCAAUGAUAAAAAUAUUCUUAUGCAACAUAGGUUAACAUUAAUAUUAUCUUAAAUAUUGUAACUAGUGUGCAGUGUACAAUAAUUGUAAUAUAAAUAAAUACUCCAUUCUGUAUA